AUGGAAGUAAUAAUCAAGAGGCCCUACAUCGAAGUAUUCGAACGGAUACUGAAGCUCUUCACAUCGGUGAGCGAACAUCUACACCUCCGACUCACGCGCAGCAAGCUAGAGCUCAUCGGGUCCAACAGCUUAACGAACGAGUUAAUAAUCCACGUAGACAAAAAGUUCUUCUCCCUGGGCAAUGUGAACUGUGAUGAAAACAGUGCCAGUGGAUCCCUCAGCUCGAAAGACUUAUACCACUGCCUGUUUAGCUACCAAAUAACAAGACUGUUAAGGAGUGAUGGGAAUUCCCACUUGGGGAACUACGAAAGGGGCGAGCAGGGCAGGUUGGCACCGACCUGGGGAGGGGGAACUGUUCACUCCAGCGCGAAGCGUGACAACCAUGUUGGUGGUAACAGCGGUUGUGGUAGCGGUGUACCCCACGGUGAUGACAGCGUUAAUCGCCCUUGUGGCACCGCAGAGGUGUCCAAACUGAUUCUCAAAUUCAACACGAAGAACGGCACCCUCGAGGUGGUGGUGAAGUUUAAAAAGCGCAACACACACUGCAGCGCGGUGCUUAAACUGAGGCCCUUCUGCAACCCACUAAAAAGUUACAUGUAUAAAAAUGAAUCCAUUAUACAAGUAGAACCCACUCUCUUUCUAAUAAACUUGAAAGACCUAGCAAAUGAGAGAAACGUUUUUCUAAAAAACACAGAUGAUUCCAUUGUCCUUAGCGCCAUAGAAACAUCCGACUUCAGUCUCAACAGGGAAAAAAUCAAAAGAGAGCAUUUCUUUUACAACAAUAAAAAAAUAUCCAUCCCUUCUUGUAAGACCAAGUACUUUUUCAAAAACAAGAAAUUUGAAGAUCACAGUCUGGCACUUCCUCUCACUGAGUUGAAGCUCAUUUUUAAAUUCUGCUCAGACUUGAAUUUGUUGUGUUUAUUUGCCACCAAGAAUUUUAAGGAAAAUGUGGUCAUCUGUUUUGGGGGUAUUAUUUCACGCAUUCUGGAGAAGAAUAGGAGGAGGAUUUUUUCCCAGCGGCGUGGCAAUAAGGGGGGAGGUGCAGAAGUGAUGGAAUAUACACAUUGGGGGGAAGCAUCUCCCAAAAUGGGGGAAAAAAACGGAAUGUACGAUCAUAACAUUUAUACAAAGAGUUCUCUCCCAUACAGAACUCUUCACCCACCAGCGCAAGAGGAACGAUCACCCCAAUCGUGCGUCUUCUACCUCUCCGAUGAGAACAACUCAAGUGACGAAUACGACUCGGAUGUGGACGAAAUAGACCAGCAGGCCCUUUCCUUUUCACCUGCACAUGGUCAGGCAGAUUUGUGCAACGAUAAGGACAUGCAUUACAAUAACAUUAUAACGGGGAGAAUCCAUUUCACGUCCUACUUCAACAUGUCCUGCAACUUUAAUGGAGACGACUUGGUUAGGAGUUACUUCGGAGGGUCUUCUUCACGGGAGGUGAAACGGAUGGACACCCAGCAUAGCAGGAUGGAACGGGAACAACUGCCCCGUCCCCAAAGAGAAUGCACACAGGAGCGAUGCGAAGUGAACACCGAUCAAAACGACCCAGAGGGAAAUAUUAGACAAACGUGCAACAUAAAAUCUGAGAAGGAGGAACGCCUGGACCGGUCAAACAAGAGGGGAGACCCCAAUGAGCAGCACCCACGCCAUGCGAAGAAAUGCAGAAAAAAAGAACCAGUGCAACAAGGAUCCUAUCCUGACCUCAGAGAAGAGAAAGAAGCAUACACGAAGGGGGUCACUCAGACGAUUGAACCCCCUAGUGAGGAUCUAAAUUAUGACAUAUUCAUAAGAGGAAACAGAAAACAGGUGGACAACUACUUCACGAUGGAGUCAAAGAUGAAGGAACUGCAGAGGACUCUCGACAGGGUGGAAAAAAUGGAACACCUGAACCGAAGACAUGUGAACAAAUCCAAAGGGGGAAGUCGUGGCGUAGCUUCUUCUACAUUCCCUAACCGAAUGGAUGGAAAAUUUGAAAAAGAAAAAAAGAAAAAAAAAACAGAAGCAGAAGCAGAAUGUUUUCUUCCCAACUCGUGUGGAAGGAAUAAAAGGGGGAGGAACUACUUGAGGAGGACAUCGAGUGGUACGUGUGUACCCACCUGUGAUAGUGCAUCCGUAGAAGCAAACAGCCGCAGUAGUUGUGAUUCCCGUUCUGUUCGGUGUAACUCUUUAGACAGCGACAAUUUCUACUCAGCAGCCGACGCAGAAGAUUCACUCUCCACUCCAUCACCACAGAUAAAACAGGAAGAGGAGUUCGAGAGCUACUUCAAUAACGUCUACUCCAAGUACCAUUGGUGUGAUGAUUUAAGUGACUUUAAGAGGAGGCUUUACCAAAGUGGUGACCAGGUCGUUCCUCGAUGGUACGUACCACGUCAAAGUUGCAACCAAGGAAGGGGUUCUGAAAAGCGGCUUCCCUUACAUACCUCCAGGAGUUCGCAUUAUAGGCGGUUAAGCGCAGACGCAGAUGGGGUAGCCAACCCCUGGGGGGAUGCGUAUAUGGAGGAGGCCUAUCCGUACAGACAAAAACAGGACAAUCGAUUUGGUUGCCGCAAAGAUGGAGGGCCGAGGAGGAGGCUUCCCUGGAUGUCAAAGUAG